AUGUCGCAAGCAGCGGUCGCCAGCAACGGCAGCAAUUACAAGCUGCCUGAUUUGAGCUAUACGCCGGGAGAUCUCACCGAGCCGGAGUACCGUCUGCCAUCGCAUCAGCAGCUGCUGCUUGACCAGAAACGACCCGAGCAUGUACUGCAGCGAGACUUGCCACUGAGCCGCUUGUAUUUGAGUGAGCCGGAUACGCAGCCGUUGGACAAAUAUCGGGCAACGGCGGAGGCGGCCCGAGAGGUUACCUCGGCGGCGGGACGACAGUUUCCGGCACUGGCUGCCGCACAGGCCAAAUACACGGGACAGCUAAACAAUAGCCACAACAGCUUGGACAUAUCCGAAUUUGAGUUUUCACCCGGCAAGGAUCUCAUCUCGUUGCCGAUUGUAAGCACGCCUGCAGGUGCAGCUGCAGCUGGCAGCUCCCUUGAUCCAGAGCAAAGUCGUAAAAUGCCGCUGCACUCGAUCACUGAAAAGCCCAACGAGCGCUGCCCAUCGCCGGUGGUGCCGGCCUAUGCCAACUUUGAGCUGGCCAAGCGUAUGCAUCAGGACAAUCUCGAUCAUCAGCCGCUGCCGGAUUGUGUCGCUGAUCUGGCGUAUCGCAAGGCACAGAUAAGUGGCGGUCAUGGCGGACUCGCUCUCGAUAUAGAUCCGAUUGCGACGGGCGUCGGUGUGAAGACCCACAAUGCCGGCCCCACCCACUGCACCAAGAUGCGUGUCUAUCGGCCCAAGACCGGCUGCGGCGUCCUGCCCAAGGCAUUUGGCGGCGAUCAUUUUCGGGGCAUUGGCUCCGCGCCCAGCAAGAAAAUGGGCGCCAUGGAUCUAGCGAUUGGCUGGGACUUUAAGCCGGCGCAUCCCGGCGACGAGCCGCGUCUGGCCAGGCACAUAGACGGCUCCAAUGACUCGGCCGGGCCGGCAGUUUUCACCUGCGUGAAAACACCACGCGAAGAUCAAUCAAAUGCGGAGCUGGGCCGAUCCGCUGGCGUCUUUACCAGCACCCUCGGCGAACCGGACUUCUUUGACAAGGACAUUCUGCGCCGCAAGUCCGACUUUGCCGGCCGACAAAUGGAUCGUGACAAUAACUGCGAUUGCGACUAUUCUCCACCAGCGGUGCGUGCCCGGAGCGUUUCACGCGAUUCAAGUGCCUCCCAUUGCCGGCGUGCGCCGGCCUUGGGCGGCGGCUCCUCGUCCGGUGCCGGUGGUGGCGUUACUUUUGGCAUGCCUGGCAAUCGCCUGGCCAAACAAUAUCAGUCAUCGCCCUUGCUGGGCGACAAGGCGUAUCAGGCGCUGCGCGAAAAGUAUCUUGGACCAGAUAAUGAUUGUUCCGGUGAGUCGGCGGCGCCUCAUGGUUGCUCCCAUGCCACCGGUCCCAGCUGCAAGCGGGAUCAACUGCUCCGACGUCCGGCUAGACGACUCUGCCACAAGGUGGCGCCAGCGCCAAAAUGCUGCCCUUCCGCCCAUGGCCAUGGCCAUGGCCACGGACACGGGCAUGGACAUGGGCAUGGACACUGUCUGGGGAGCAAGGCUGCCUUUCGCGCCGGCAUGCCCAAAUUGAAUGCAUCCGGCGACUUUGUGGGCAUCUCUGCUGAUUGUGGCAUGGGCGGCGCCGGUCGCGUCCUCGUCGUGCCUCGACCCCGACAGCCAUAUGCCAAGAAGAACUAUGACAUCGAUACGUUGGUGCCGCCAUUUCGCAGCCAGGGCGGCGGCGCUGGACAGGGCGGCUAUCCGGAGCACUGGCGCCUGGCCAGUGUCUAUCAGCACGCCUACAAGCCGAUCGAUCAGCGCCGCCGACCGCUUCUACAGACCGUCUACAAGUAGGC